ACAUGAGAGUUACUCCCCCUGACCCGCUGAUACAGGAAACAAGCCUGCGCAUGUGUGGCAAGAAAUUCCUGGCGACCGAAAAUAACAAGUACAAACUUAGAAAAAUCUUUACCUGAGAAGCCAUGCUUUUGGACAGAAUUCAAACAUGAAUUAUAGUGUGUUUAAACUUCAGAAUCAGGCUGGUAGACCUGCCAUAUUUUGGGAAAAGGAUUUAUUCGGUUUUCCAACUGUGCCUCGUCUUCUACCUAAUAUAGAAACCGUUCCAAAGAAAGACAGAAAGUUUGGUUACAAGAAGAACGAUCAGAGAUUCCCGAUCCGAAAAUUCCCAAACGAUAGGCACCAUAUUGACACAGACCUCGUUUCCUUAACCCCAGAUGAACCCCACCCGCCACCAAAACCGGCCAAAAAUUUCAUCAAGCGAAACAAAGAAAAAGUAGCUCCAAAAGCAGAGCCCCCUAGCACGGUGACUUUAACUCAGGAACAGUUAAACGCUAUACUCAGGUCUGUUGGUAAAGUUGCCGGAGGCAGUGAAAAUGCUGUUAAGAUUACUGUAGAUAAACACAAUGAUACCAAAGAGAUAGUUGUAGAAUCGCCACGGCGGCAUGACCGUGAUGAUGACAAAUAUGAUGACGAUGAUGAUGAUGAUUACGAUGAUCGUAAAGAAAGGAGAAGAAAGAAGAAAUCUAAUAGGAAACAAGAAGAUCAGAGUAAUAGCAUUUAUUCUCUCAUGGAGGGAAAAAAUAAACCAAAGGCCACUUCUGACACUGAGAGCAUCAAUAGUGAUGGAAGUUUAGAACUGCGGAGAUUAACUAGGCAAUAUAAGCGAAGAAAAGACAGGAAAUCAAGACGGCAAGAAGAAGAUGAUGAGGAAGAAGAUCGUCACAUGCGAGAUAAGAAUCGCAGAAAUAAAAACACUGAUAUAGAUGAUGAUGAUAAUUUAAGAGAAAAAAGACAUCGCAGAAAUAGGUCAAAUAAUUUACAGGAUGAAAUUGAUAGAGAAAUUGCAGAACUAAGAAGACAUAAUAAGUCAAAGCAUAGUAGAGAUGUAGAUAAUGAUAGUGAUAAUGAAAAAGAAAAUAGACGUAGACGUACUCGAUCAAAGCGUCGUGAAUCUGACGAUGAAGAGUUUGAUAAAGAUUAUGACAGAAAAGAACGUACAAAAAAGAGUGAUCACUCUAAGGAUGUGAAAGGAAUGAAAUCUAGAAAUAGAAGUGAAGAAAGAGAUUUAGACUUUCAUAAUACUAGUUCUAAUAAAGAGAAUGAGGAACUGUUACCUUCUCCCAGAGAUAAAAUUGGUCUUCCUACAGAUUUAUCUUGGAGACAUAUGACCAAAGCUGAAAGGAGGCGGCUUGAAAUGGCAAGACAGAAACUUACUGAUGAAGAAGAAAGAAAAGAAGAAGAGAGAAUUAAGCAUCUAAAUGCUCAGUAUGACCCAGGCGAGUCUUUCAAGAAACCUCCUCAACGUCAUGUGCCCACUCGCUCUGACCCGCCAGCAACGCGUCAGACUAGAUAUGACAGAGGUCGUGAAACAGAGAACACUAACUACACAGAUGGUAACAGACAUGGUCGGAGGUCAAGGUCACCAUCAGAUCAGAGGUCACCAGAUAGGUCACCAGAUUUGCCAUCAUACACAACUCCAGAUACAAGUCCAAAAGCACCAGUUGGCAUACCGAGACGUCACAUGACAUUGGCAGAGAAAAAGAGACUUGAAUGGGAAAGAGAGAGAGUGGAAUCCGUCCAGAUGGAACGUGUCGGUAAUUUUGAUCCUUGGGGACGGCCUGGAGCAGGAGCGCCAAUUCGUACAAGAUCUGGUCACGUGGUGGCUGAUUACAAGGGCAGACAGGACCAGAUGCAUAGUGAUGCUAUACCAGAAGAGGAACCAUCAACAGAGACCGGGAAACAGAAAGAGCUGAGUACCAGACCUCAGGAGAAGAGGAGACCAGCACGAGGAAAGUCUCCGCCACCUCAAGCACCUCAACCAGAUCUAGAUAAAAACAUUCCUAUAACCAUGAGGAGUUCAUUUGUGUUAGGGCAAGCUGCCCCUGAUUAUGAUAAACUUACAAGUGCUAAAGAAAGAGAAAGAAAGCAGUGGCUGGCAGACCUAGAGCGGCAGAUUGAAGAAAAACGUCAGAUGGAGACGAAACAGAAAGAAACAAAAACAGAGGACACUUGGGCAGAUAAAUUUGGCCAGUCACAUCGCCCUAUGCCGUUCCCAGAGCAGCCAAGGGAAACUGGGCUGGGAGAUAAAUUAAACACGAGUACAGAUCAUGUUGGUGCUUUGCUGGAGACUGCUCGUGUACAGAGUGCCCCCGAGGGAGACCAAGUGGAUAAUUCUUCCUAUAUCAGAGGACAGAAUGCACCAAUUGACCCAGUUACAAAGAAAGAACUUGAGGAGAAACGCAAAAGAUAUCUUGAACACCAGGCAGCUGUAAAGGCUCAGGUAGAAGAGAAGGAGAGACUGAAGAGAAUGGAGAGAGAAAGAAAAAUGAAAGAGGACAUGGAAGAAGAAAGAAAGCUACAAGAAGAAAGGCAAGUGCUACAGAAACAGUUUGAUAUGGAGCAGCAAAAGAUUAAACAAAAAGAGCAACAAAGACAAGCACAAGUGAACCAGCUGAAGGCUGCCAUGGAUGAGGCCCAAGCCAAGGCCCUGCAGGAGAAAUAUCAACGAAAAAUGCAACAUCUGGAGGCAGGUGGACAUGACACCAAGAAACUGAGGGAACAUCUAGAAGGGGAGAUAACAAGUAGGAUAGAGCAGUUACAUACCCGUCGUGAACGUGAUAUCCUGCGUGCACGUCAGCUCCUAGAGCUGCAGCACUGGGGUGUCACUAUAGCAGAGGAAGAUGAAGAGAACCAAUCACAAGUACCGGCCGAACAACCUAAAGAUGCAAAGAUCACACCCAGAGAUGAAAGUGUGACGGGCAUGGAAACAUCACAUAUCCCAGGUCUUGAUCUCAGUACAGCACGCACACACUUUCCGCCUCAGAUGCCGACAACACGCCGAGACCAGUCACAAGGUCACUACAGCCAGGCUCAGGGACACUCACAGGGACACUACGGUCAAGGGCAGUCUCAACCACAUGAACCAUAUACCGAGGAUCGAGUUUUGACUCCAAGUCGAUUCAGGCACCCUUCAAAACCUUGGAGUGACCCAGGCUCCCCACGGCGGGAGUUUGGUACUCAAACUGGUAAUCUGAAUGACUCUGCCUCAGACUUAGAUGGAGAUGAACUGUCACAGCUGUUGAAUCCUCGGUUACAGCGGGAUUACAGCGAGGUGAAUAUUGAGUAUAGAUACGAGAAGGGUAAGAAGGUCAGGGUUAUCAGUGCACCGAAGGAAGCACUUGAAAAGCGGUCAAGAAAACUAAAGCAGCCACACCCACCUCCAUCUUACAGAGAACAUUCAAGAAGUCCACAUGAACACCAUCACGAGGUUAGGAAUAAAAUAGAAAAGGAGGAAAACAGUAGGAAAAAGAGAUUAGAGUUACAGAGGCGGAAAGGUCCAGUCAAACCUGGUAGUCGACCUAUGUGGGGCUAUAAAAAUCCUGACAGUAAAAAGCCUAAAAAACAGUCAGAGAGAGAUCCCUUUUACGAGCAGAAAAAACGGGAAAGUGAAAUGAGGAGAUUAAAAAGAGAACAUAAACUUCUUGCCAUGGUGGAAGCCAAUAAACCAGUCAUUCCAGAUUAUUAUGUACCGCCACCAAAAUCUUCUCGAUCAAGGUCUCGUGAUUUAUCCCCUUUAUCUGAUUUGGAAAUGGCCAGUCCUCGUGAGGUACGUCCGAGUCGUAGGUCUAAGUCUCAUUCUCCAAACAGGUUGGUGCUACAGGGUGAAAUUGACCAUUCAUAUGGUCAUCAAAAUGAAGGAAAAUCUCCCGACAGAAGAAGAAAUCAAAAUAGAUCUCCAUCUCCCAGAGGGAGGAGAGAAUCUCCAACACAAGACAGAACUGUAGAUAAUCUGCUAAGUAGAACGAGAAAUACCUCACCCCCUAUACCUGCUCUAAGACAUAGAUCUGAUGCAAAUCAAAAUGUAGAAAAUGACACAAGAAAUAGAAAAGGUGGGAAAUAUGGGGACCGUGAUCCUCUGGAUGUCCCUAUUCCAAAUGGAGACUUUGUGCCUUUUACACGAACAGUAGAUAUCCUUGACCCUACCAAGGCUGAGGAACCGGUUCCUUUAUCAAGGGAAGCAACUCGUGUAGCUAAUGCAAGACGAGCAUACUAUGAGGGUUUACAUCCUGAGAAGUUUGGUAAUCGACAGUAUGUAUUUCAGGACAAACAUCGUGUGCUUCCUGCUGGAGACGAUGGAGGAAAGAAUCCACUGAUGAAUCCUAGUCUUGUACUGGAUCAUCCAACAACCAGACAGGAUCAGAUUUUGGUGCAGCUUUCAACACUGAAACAGAGUUUAAUGCAGAGACAGAGAGAAUUGGAAACAUUUUCACCUACAGACUUAUAUAGAAUGGAUACAGACAUAAAAGCUUGAGUAGAGAAUGACAGAGAGAAUUGAAAACAUUUUCACCUACGGACUUAUAUAGAAUGGAUACAGACAUAAAAGCUUGAGUAGAGAAUGACAGAGAGAAUUGAAAACAUUUUCACCUACAGACUUAUUUAGAAUGGAUACAGACAUAUAACCUUGAGUAGAUAAUGAUGGGUAGAUUGCCAGUCCAGGC